UCAUAAACCUAAUUUUCAAGACUUUUUCUCAUUUCCCACGGAACCCAAUAAAAAUUCCACUUUAAUCAGACGAAAAUAAGAAGACGAAGAAGAAGAAGAGGAAGAGAAAGAAAAACCUAAUCCUGCGAAUCGAAAAAUUUCAGCUUCAAUCAAAUCGAAAUCAAUGGCAUAUGUAGAUCACGCGUUUUCAAUAUCAGAUGAAGAUAUAAUGAUAGAAUCUUCAUACAUAGUUCAUAAUCGACCACCAAUUAAAGAAAUAGCUCUAGCGAUUUCAUUACUUGUUUUUGGAACUUUAGGUAUAAUCUUUGGGAUUUACAUGGCUGUUAACAGAGUUGGUGGUGAUACUGCUCAUGGGGUUUUCUUUGCGGCAUUGGGAUCGAUACUGUUUAUACCUGGGUUUUAUUAUACAAGGAUUGCUUACUAUGCGUAUAAAGGAUACAAAGGGUUUUCUUUCUCCAACAUUCCACCUGUGUAGUAGAGAAUGGGGCGGACAGCAUCUGUCAUUGGAGGAGCUGCUUUACUUACUUAUGUACAGAUCUUUAUCUCUUAUCUCUCUCUGGAUUCUAUACCUUUUCUUUUUCUUAUUGCGUUGUUGUUGUUAUAGUAGUUCUUAUGCUUAAAUAAUGGAUGGAAAGCUUAUAUGGACAAGGGGUUUAUGCGCUUUUUGUAAUUUACCUUGCAAUGUAGAAAAUCUUUUGCUUAUAGUAUGCAUGUAUGUGUUAAUGCUUUUUUUGUACCUUUAGAAUCUAUUUCAGGGUUUACUAA